AUGUUUGUGAAACAAUCCAAGAUCCUGGUGUUUUGCCUUUUUUUGGGCCUCUCGCUGGCUCUCAAAUUGCAUAUUCCCAUUAAACCGGAUGCCCACAUCCAGGAGCUGCAGAUGGAGAGCAGGGAACUGGCUGCAACCCACUCGGAUUUCUCCACCAGUUGCUUCUUGUUCUACAAACCCAUUUUGGCCAAUGUUGCAGAAGAGUUCGAGAUCAACUAUGGGGCUUGCAUUUCCGCCCUUGACAACUCCACGGCCUUGGUCAAUACAAAGUAUUCACAGGACCGCGAGAAUAUCUUGAGAUCUGCCAAUAUCGGUUGCUCGUAUCCCAGUACCAAUUGCCAGGUGUGGACCUUUGAGCAACAGGCCCUGGACACCGUGGUCUCCCGCCUUGAAUGCGCCUCCAUCAAUUCUGGUGAUAGCUCUAAAACCUUCUACGGCAUUUCGGCAAAUGCCACGGAGAUCGCAUUCAAGAUCAAGGAGGAGUAUCGUGUUCUAGAAAGCCAAAUGUUGAGUUGCACGAAUGAUGCCCAGCGAGCUUAUGUGGAGGACACGGCCGACACUUAUGAAAGGUUGAAUCACUGCCUCCAGAACGGAACCUUCGAAACAGCAACAGCCAAAGUAUAGGAUAGUAUAAAAAUGUACAUAUUAUAAAGAGUUUAAUAAAGA